UCCAGCGCGAGCACUUUGCAAAGUGUUUAAAUUGUUUUGGGUGAUUCCUUGGUCGUUUCACGUGAAUUGUUAAGAAAAGCCUCGUCCUCAUUCGCUAUGCUGUCAUUUUAAAAUGUGGUGCUUGUGUGCCACCUAGUGAAAUCUUUGCUGUAAUCGUCAGGAAAUGAUUUUUGGAGUUAUACAACUUAGUUGUGUAAUGUAUACGUAACUACUAUUUAUCGCAUUCAGAGGGCAGUGCAGAACAUCGCCAUUGACAUUCUCGUGCUUGUAUGUACUUACACAAGCAUUGCUUAUCAUGGCAGCUGUAGUUUUAGUACAAGGUGCCAGCAGAGGGCUUGGACUGGAGUUUUGCAAACACAUUUUGUCAAAGAAAAGCGAGGCAGUGAUUAUCGCAACAUGCAGAAAUCCGGAGAAGGCACUGCAGUUGAAAGAUUUAGGAGUAAGGUAUCCAGAAAAGGUCACAAUCCUGAAGGUGGAUGUGACCCGAGAAAAUGAAAUUAAGCAAGCCUCAGAAAUAGUUAAAAGCAAAUUUGGAAAAAUAGACCUUUUAAUUAAUUCGUCCGCUAUGUUGCAUCCUUCGGGGAAGGGUGAAACUAGCCUCCGGGAUGUAUCGUCUGAGGGUCUUGUUGCCACCCUGACUACUAACACAGUUGGACCUCUGGUGAUGGCAAAACAUUUUAGCCCUUUGUUGAUGAAGGGAAGUGGCGCGUUUGGACAACAGACAGCUGAUGAAUCCAAGCACCACAGUGGCAUUCUAGUCAACAUGACUGCUAAAGUUGGGUCUAUUGGAGACAACCGUAAGUGUUUCAAAUCUCUAUGGAAGAAUAAAACUGGGUUGGGAGGAUGGUACAGUUACAGAAUGUCCAAGGCAGCACUGAACAUGGCUACCAGAAACCUCAGCUUUGAGCUUGGCAGAGGAAGGCCAAAGGUUGUGUGUGUGUCACUGCAUCCAGGAACUGUGGACACAGACCUGUCCAGGCCUUAUCACAAAAAUGUUCCCAAAGAUAAACUUUUUACUACUGAGCGUUCAGUACAGUACUUAAUGAACCUUAUAGACAAUCUUAGUGUGGAUAAAACUGGAAAGUGUUUUGCUUGGGAUGGCUCAGAAGUACCUUGGUAAAUUAACCUUGUUUAAUACCCAUCUUGAACUAUUGUAAAUGUGAUAUUAAUUGGCUUUAAGGUAGUGGUAGUUUUUUGCAGCAGCUACAGUGUAAUGUCAGUAGAAUGUAUUCAUAAAUGUUGCUAAAUGCUUUGUUCUGUCUUUUUCAUGUCAUUAUUUCUUUAAACAGAUUUUAUGUGUAAUAUCAACAGUGGUUAUAUGACCAUAAGCUACCAUUCACUUCACAGCAUUAUUUUAAAGAUAUAUAAUAGAUGGACUUUAGUGAGGUACAGGAAAAUAAUUCCAUCUCUGGUUUCUGUGACGUCAUAAACUACAAGACAGAAGGUCGAGUAAUUUAUAAACUGUCUCAGAAACCCGAGAUGGAAUUGUUUUCCUGUAACUCACUGAAGAGGCCCAUCUACAGUUUUUUGUAAUGCAUAGAUACCCUUGUGAUGCUAAUAUUAAAGAAGACUUGGUUCAGCAAGUCAAUUUUCUCUGAGAUGCAAAUGUACCAGCAUUACAUCAUGUUUUUAAAUGUAUUCUUGUUUUGUUGAUCAUAAAUGAAUAUUUCUGUA